GGUCAGUGGAAAUAUCAAAUUCCUGCUUAUGGUUGCUUAAUUUAAACGUUUUUAGAUACACUCUAAUCGCUUUAACUUUUCUACUUAUUACCAACUCAUCCAUGGCUUGGAAGUCGAGCGGUAGCACACAUACAGAACUUAUAAACAAUCUAUUCAGAAAUCGAGUAAUUUCAUCUGAGAUUGUCAAGAAUACUAUGCUUUCCGUGGAUCGUGGGUACUUUGCCAGAUCGAAUUCUUACGAAGACCGACCAUCCUCUAUCGGCUAUGCCGCGACUAUCAGUGCUCCUCAUAUGCAUGCUUAUGCUCUGGAAGCAUUAAGAGAUCAUCUUAAACCUGGUGCACAUGCUUUAGAUGUUGGAUCAGGUAGUGGAUAUUUAACGGCGUGUAUGGCUCUUAUGGUAGGCCCUACAGGUGUUGCUGUAGGCAUAGAACAUAUUGAUGAGUUGACUAAAUUUUCUCUAUCAAAUGUUGAAAAUUGGUUUAAUCAUAGCCAAAAUGCUAGAUUAUCUGGAAUUGAAUUAGGAAAACAACUUAAACUUGUUACUGGUGAUGGUCGUGAAGGAUGGCCGUCAGAUGCACCUUAUGAUGCAAUUCACGUAGGUGCAGCGGCUCCAGUUAUUCCUAAUGCACUAAAAGAACAAUUGAAAAUUGGUGGUCGUUUAAUUUGUCCUGAAGGACCAGAAGGUGGAAAUCAAGCAUUAGUUCAAAUUGAUCGUUUGCAAGAUGGUUCCUUUCAAAGAAAAUCUUUAAUGGGUGUGAUUUAUGUUCCGUUAACCGAUAAAGAUCGACAAGUUGGGCCAAGGGAAAUUUAUCCAUGACAUAAUAUGAUUACGCAUAUAUGCACCCAACAAUGGAUUGUUGUUUUAUAUUAUUCUAAACUUUUUAAUAAGUCGAUUGAAAUAACUACUAUUAAGUAUCUAACGGUUUUAAGGUGUUCAACAUAUUUGAAAUUAUUUUUUUACGGCUAGUUUUUCUUUCCAAGUAGUAUGUAGAUUGUAGGUGUAGUGUUAAAAUAGAGAGUUCUAAACUAAAAUAAAACACUUGUCCAAUCCUCUCUAGUUUUCAAUGGUUACCCAUUAAAGUCAUUGCAUGAUGUAAAUUAUCUCCAAAGUCAUUGAUAUAUAUAUCCCAUACCUCGACUCAUGUUAUUAACUGGUGUAAAAGUUGGAAGAAAGUUAGUAGUGGCCAAAUGAAGACGUGGCAUCAAUCCACGAAGUCAUUGACUGUUGAAUUAAGCCGUGGCCAGUGGCGAUCCUGCUGUAACCUUCUUUUACUUUCUUCAUAAAAAGUGGUUGUGUCUCCCUUACCUGGAAGAUUUCUUCUGAUUGUACCUUUCCGUUUCCUCAUUACUACCACACUACCUUACACCAAUCUCUUCGUUAUUGUUCUCUUUUUUUUGCGCUCCUUAGCUUUUGUUUUUCUAUUUCUCUUCGAGUUCUCAUUGUUUUGUGUGGCGCAUAUAUAUUGGCGCUCUCUUGUACCAAUAUUCAUGUGUUCAAAUAAAUAAAUAAAUAAUGUUGUUAAGUACAGAUCACCUGGUUGGUAUUUGCACGAUCAUAGUGACCAAAAAUUGUGUAGACAAUUGGGUGAAAUGGCUCAGAAUUUAUCAUAAUGCCUAAAGUGCAUUCACCAUUUAUCUUCUUAUAAACUUCGAGUUCUAGUAUUCCUCCAUACAUGCGUUUUUUAAUUCCUUUAUUGAAAUCGUAUAUUAAGUAUUUAGCCUUUCUCAUUAUCAUUUUUACCACAUUAUUUUGACUCCACUAUUUAUCUAAGUAAUUUCAUGUCAUCGUGUGGAUAUGGUAUAGUAAUUUAAG